AUCAGAACUACAUAUAAAAGACGAGAGACGAUCGCAUUAGACUUUGUGCAAAGUUCACGAUUUGACGAUGGCAGGGCUCGGUAAUAAACGGUAUUCGAUCAUUCAAACAUGUGUUCUUCUGAUGUUCUUAAUCGUCGUUCAAGUAACAGCACAAGUUUCCGAAGAGAACUGCGGCGAGAUAAAGUGUCCCGGUCCUCUGAGAUAUUACAAGGCGCUUGGUUGCACUCCUAUUUACGUGAAUCCCAACGACAAUUGCGCGGAAGCGUACGAUUGCAGUCACCUGGACGAUUGGUCACGGGAUAAAUGCUAUGUGAAUGGCCACGAAUACAGUGUCGGAGAGACGUUGAGACCUGAGGAUAGCAAUCCUUGCGACAGGAAUUGCACGUGUACACACUCCAACAAUGAUGCCAAUUUCGCAUGUGCGAAAAGAAAAACUUGCGAUCGUGCGGAAGAAGAAAGUUGUUUGUACAGAAGGGUCCAUGGUCUUUGUUGUGAUGAUCCAUUUUGCGAUAUAGGAAAACCAGAUGCGAUUUGUAAUGUUGACGGCAAAGUAUAUCGGGCCGGGCAGUUCUUCAAUCCAAACUCUAAUCCGAAACUGAUGUGCGUCUGCUUGGAUGGAUACACAGGUGAAAAUAUCGAGCCCUUCUGUCAAGAAAUGAAGCAUGAUCCUUGCUCUCCUAUGUUCGCUGACGAUGCUGACAAAGUUCAUGACAAAUAUACACCUAUUUGGUUUACGCGUGCGAAUUUUAUUUGUCCAAUACCUUUUUACAGAUAUCCGGAAUCAAGCGACGCCAUUAUUCGUAAACACGACAGCACUUCGUUCGUUUCUGAGAAAGAAAGCAGAAUGUGCCAGCAUGGUAAUGUUAUGAUGCACAUAGGCGACGAAUUGAGCCUGGACCAACCAUCUAAUCACAUGGUUAAUCAUCCCCUCGUAACAUGCGUGUGCGAAGUGCCUCCAGUUGUGACGUGUAAGAAAGUUAAAGAGCAAGUGUUUCAUUUUGUUAGUGAUCUAUAGAAUUUCCAAACGAAAAAUAAAUAUAUAUGUAUAUAUGCAUCUACCUAUGUAUGUAUGUAUUAUUAUUUUAAUCGCUGAAUUAUUUUUUACUGUCAUUCGUCCAAUACUCUGUAAUGAAUCGCAUCUGAAUAACGUGCAGAUGUUAUGAUGAAAUUAGAACGUUCCGAUGGUUUAUUGGAAUGAUUCAUAAAUCGACAUAUUUUAUCAAAGGCUUGUGUAUUUGAAUAAAUCAAGGAAGCUGA